AUGACAGGUGUUGUUGAUCUCAAGAAGAUCGAGACACGACUCUUCAUAAAUGGCGAGUUCGUCGAAUCUUCGAAUGGGAAGACGUUCGAUUUGAUCUCGCCAAAGACUUUGGAAGUUGUAGCUAAAGUCCAUGAAGCAUCUGAGCAAGAUGCGGACAGAGCGGUAGCGGCAGCAAAGGCGGCGCAGCCCGCCUGGGCGGCCCUGUCUGUUGAGGAGCGGGCCAAGCCGUUCAAGAAACUCGCUGCUCUGGUUCGCCAGCACAAUGCAGAGCUUGCUGAACUGGAAGCUCUUUCUAUGGGUCAUCCAGUAUCGACUUAUUUCCAUGCUCACGCUUUUGCGAGUACCUUUGACCACUAUUCGGAAGCUGGGUAUAACAAUCAGGGGACUUCGAGUUUGAAUACUCCCGGGUUUGUCAAUUUGACUUUUAGACAACCUUUCGGCGUUGUUGCUGCAAUCAUUCCUUGGAAUGUGCCGUUGCUAUUCUUUGCUGGAAAGUGUGCUCCUGCUCUGAUUACUGGGAACACUGUCGUGCUGAAAAGCAGCGAAAAGGCACCAUUGACGUCUGCUCGAGUAGCUUCUCUUGUCAACGAAGCCGGCUUCCCGCCAGGAGUGCUCAAUAUCAUCACUGGAUUUGGCAAUGUCUCAGGAUCUGUUCUUAGCCACCACAUGGAUGUUCGAGCCUUGUCCUUCACUGGAUCUACAAGAACUGGAAGACAUAUCCAGGAAGCAGCAGCAAAAUCCAACUUGAAAGUGGUCAUGUUAGAAUUGGGUGGAAAGUCUCCAGCUAUCAUUUUCGAAGAUGCAGAUCUUGAGAAGGCAGCAGAAGCCACUCAACAUUCUGUACAGACGAACAGUGGGCAGACAUGCAUGGCCAACUCGAGAGUGUACGUCCAAGAUACCGUCGCAGACAAGUUCAUUGAGCUGUUCAAGACGAAGUUUGCUCCAGUGUCGCUUGGUGACCCCACCACGGCAGGCGUAAAUCAUGGACCCCAAGCAGACAAAGUACAGCAUUCCAACGUACUGAAAUACUUGGAGAUUGCGAAGAAAGACGGCAAGGUUAUCUUGGGUGGUCAACCGAGCGAUGAGAAGGGAUACUUCAUCAAUCCCACAAUCUUCACCGGCCUGCCAGAAGACUCACAAGCCAUGAAGGAAGAGAUAUUCGGGCCUGUCGUCAACAUCAACAUCUUUAAGACCGAGGAAGAGGUUUUGGCAAAGGCAAACAACACAGAAUACGGACUCUACGCUUCAGUAUUCACCAAGAACAUCGAUCGAGCUAUGAGAUUUGCGAAAGGCCUAGAAGCAGGAACAGUUGGAGUGAACGUCACCAGCCCGGUCACUGCACGCGAUACCCCAUUUGGCGGUUACAAGGGUUCAGGAAUCGGACGAGAGGGAUUUGCUCAUUCGAUGGACAACUUUUUGGAGACGAAGACUGUACUCAUCAAGCUCGAUUCGUAG